GACGGGUACCAAAUUCGGACCUUGCUAGCAGCAUCAUGACAGGCAACGAGGGAGGUGAAGCGACGACGGCGGAGGAGGUUCUAUCGUACUGGUUUGAUGGCGACAUGCAAGAGCUGCACCGGACCAAGUGGUUCCCAGUGUCUGGGAGUGACGUUCAAGCUGCGACAGACGCCGACAUCACGAGCAGAUUUGGCACUCUGCUCGCGACGGCAGAAACACGAGCGUUGCAUGCGUCCUGGACUAGUCGUCCACAUUCGUUUGUGGCGUUGAUCGUGUUGCUGGACCAGUUCUGCCGCCACGUCUACCGCCACGACGCAGACAAACGCAAGGCCAUCGACGUCCUCGCCUUGGAACUCGCCACACAGUUUGUCGACGAUGGGUUGCACUUGCACGUGUCGGUGCCUCACUUUGUGUUUGCCCUCAUGCCAUUCCGCCACUCCCCAACUCCAGACCGCCUCGAGCACGUCUUGGCGCACAUCGACGGCCGCGAGACCACGAUGCUGCACGACACGGACCUCCUCUCCAAGUUCCGACGCACGACGGUGCAGCGCCAGUCCCAUCUUCGCGUCCCCAACCACCGGGAACCCGGCGAGGAGUUCGACAUCCUCGAGCGCGCGGCAUUCCUCCACCCGAACGAAGCGCUUCUCCUGCCCAAGCAUCCGCUGGUGCCCAUCAUGCAUGCGUUCCUGACGUCCAUGCGCGCGGGUUCCGACGCGUGUCCCGCCAUCGGCAUCUCUCUCUCCGGCGGUGUGGAUUCCAUGGUCAUCGCGUACUUGUUGGUCACGCUCGCGCCUCGCUACAACAACUUCAAGGUCGUGGCAGUGCACAUUGACUAUCUCAACCGACCCGAAAGCAGCGCCGAAGCCGCCUACGUCCGUGCAUGGGCUCACGAUCACAACAUCGAAUGCAUUGUGCGCCCUGUGGAAGAGUGCCAGCGAGCCACCACCAAGCGCGAAGACUACGAGAAACUCAGCCGUGAUAUUCGGUACACUACGUACCAGGACGUGAUGGCUCGGUUUACCAUCCCGGGCAUGUGCGUGGGCCACCACCGAGGUGAUGUUCAGGAAAACGUCAUCUCCAACAUGAUGAAAGGGCAGAGUCUGCUGGGACUCAAUGGCAUGACUCCGUCGUCCAUGGUCAAUGGGGUUCGUAUAUGGAGACCGCUGUUAGCAGUCAACAAGGACGCGAUCUUUGAUUUUGCCCAUACAUUUGGCGUGCCAUACUUUAAAGACACGACGCCCCAGUGGAGCACCCGUGGAAAACUAAGGCGACAGCUCAUGCCGCUCUUGCAAAAUAUUUACGGCGACGGGUAUCUGAACAACUUGUCCAACUUGGGUCAAGAAGCCACCGAAUGCGCUGAUGUUUUGGAAACGGCCUUGUUAGGCCCAGUGCUGAACACAGUACAGAGCUCGGGGCUGGCCGUGUGGAUCGAUCUGACCCUUCUUUGUGCGCAGCCCAUGUUUCUGUGGAAGGAAAUUCUUCGCCGCGUGUGCCACGAACGCAUGGGCGAACGGAUGAUUCGUGACAAACCCAUGGGCGAACUACGGGUCAAAGUGCUCAAGCCCAACUUCAAGGCGUCGUGGAUUACCUUGAAAAAGCAAACGAAAUCGUUUGUGACCACCCAAAAGCACCUCGUGCUGUUCCGGGAGCCAGUGUUUCAAACGGUAUUUCCCCCCGACUUGUACUUUGUCGCAGAGACGACGCCGCUCUCGACGGUGGGACCGUGGCGCAUUCAGCUGCGUCUGGUCGCGUCCCCGCACACGGACGCCCAAGUCCUCGAGAUACAAUCGAAAAGAUGGGAUUUGUGGGGGGUCAUCCACGCGAGUGGGGUCACGUACGUGCUCCCCCAUGCCCAUCGGUACAUUCUCGACACGGAGGACCGACCGGCGGCGCUGCGGGGCAUCGACAAGUGCCUCACAGACGCCAUGCCGCUGGUGAAGAAUCACGGCGUGCUCCAAGACUCGACCCACGUUGUCGUUGUCACGUUAGAAUAUGUUUCGACGUCGGUUUGAAUUUCUGCUAGAUAACACACAAGAUACGUCACAAGUGUAUCGCGUUGGGAGGAACUCCCCCAUUGUUGUAGAAGUAGUACAGUAUACUAUAAUACUACUCCGGAA